UAAAAAGCAGCCAAUGGCGCCGAUGGCGAAUUGCUACCAUGGACAGCGACCACGGAGUGUGCUCGUCCAGGAUCUUGCUGCAUUGAAUUUAGAACGUUUUCGUUGCUGUCACUACGUGGGUUUACUUCCGAGCCUAAUGUAAAGCAUUAGGUAGGAAACGCAUCGAGCCAGCAGCGAAAAGCGAAAUAGUGUAACAGAGUGACGACAAUACAGCCAUCAGAAGCCAACAUCUGACUGUAGCCUAUAGACGAUAGAAAGACAUCAGAGAGAUUUGAUCACUUGACAUGGAGGCUAUUCUUAUUCGAAAUGUGCACAUUUUCUCCAAGAGCUCAUAUAAUCAGAUGGUGCUAUUGCCUUCAUCAUUGCAAUUGGGGAAAACUAAUCAAAAUGUGUAAUGUAUCCUUAUUUCACAUUCUACACUGCAACAAGGUAACGUGGGCUCCUUAAGACAACGAUAUUAUGUUAACCGGUUGAAUUGAGCAAGUUAACUCCGCUUGAGAACCUGAUAAAGGGACAAAUAAUUUCACAUCACUGAGAUCUAAAUGCAAUGCCAGAUUCCACUGCGUCAUGCAACGCGACCAUUAGGCUUCUUCCGCAAUCAUGUAGGCUAAUAGUUAUUAGGCAAUUAAUCUUAAAGUUAUACAUUUUCUGCGUUCCUGUAUCAUUUUCUAGAGUGUAGUAGGUGAACUGUUAUAGUAUACUGCCUAUAGGCUAUACGACGUUUGGAGAAAAGCAAGUCUUAUCCACAUCGCUGACUUCAGCCGACCACGAACCCCCGGUUCACUCCAGCAGGAAUCACAUCUGAGAGACAAUCUACCCGCAAUGGCCAGGCUGCGGAAGAAAGCGUGCAUAGCUCUGUUUUUAUUUACACUCUUCGUUUUUGGAACCAUGAUGGGUUUGAGAACUCUGAAGCCCAGCGAUGGGUUCUCAGACCUGGCCCCGGGGUUGGGCCUCCUGCCGAUGAUUGGAGGAAGGAUGGACCGGCGCUCGGUGUCCCAAGACGUCGUCUCCUCCCCGGGGCAGGUGCGCGCCAAAGUAGUUUUAUCAAACUCGGGACCUGAAGGAACCAUAUUUUACGACGUCCACAUAUUUUACAGCGUGUGGUACGGGAACCCGUCGAUGGAUGAGAAAUACAUGCACUGGGACCAUGUCCUCGUGCCACACUGGGACCCCAAAAUCGCCGCCAGUUACCCGAAAGGGAGGCAUAUGCCGCCGGAGGACAUCGGCUCCAGUUUCUACCCUGAGCUCGGCCCGUACAGCUCGAGAGAUCCGGAUGUAUUGGAGUCACACAUGGAGCAGAUUGGAGCGGCUGCUGCAGGGGUGCUGGUGCUGUCCUGGUAUCCUCCGGGCCUGGCCGAUGACAACGGAGAGCCCACAGAGGACCUGGUGCCGGCCGUCCUGGACGCUGCUCACAGACACAACCUCAAGGUUGCAUUUCACCUCCAGCCUUACAGAGGGCGGAGCGACCACAGUGUCCAUGACAACAUCAAGUAUAUCAUCGACAGGUACGGGGACCACGGAGCCUUCUACAAGUUCACCUCUAGCACGGGGAAUAUUCUGCCUCUGUUCUACAUUUAUGACUCGUAUCUGACGCCGCCCGAGAACUGGUCCGACCUGCUCCACCCCACGGGCUCCCACAGCCUGCGCGGCACGGCAUACGACAGUGUCUUCAUCGCCCUCAUUGUGGAGGAGCGCCACAAGCACGACAUCCUUGCCGGUGGUUUCGACGGCAUGUACACGUACUUCGCCUCCAACGGGUUCUCUUUUGGUUCGUCCCACCAGAACUGGAUCGCCGUCAAGGCGUUCUGUGACGGUAACAACCUGUUAUUUAUACCUAGCGCCGGGCCGGGCUACAUCGACACCGCGGUCAGACCGUGGAACAACCACAACACGCGCAACCGCGUCAACGGCCGCUACUACGAGACGGCCUUGCAGGCAGCGCUGAACGUGCGGCCCGAGAUUGUCACUAUAACGUCGUUCAAUGAGUGGCACGAAGGCACACAGAUCGAGAGGGCUGUGCCAAAAAAGACGGUGACCAGGUUGUAUUUGGAUUACCAGCCGCACCAACCUGAACACUACCUGGAGCUCACCAGGAGGUGGGCAGAGCAGUUCAACAAGGAGAAAGAGACAUGGCUCAUGUGAACUGGCACUGUGUGUGUGAAAGAGAGAGAGUGACUGUAGAGGUUUAUGAAUGUGUGAGAGACAAGUGCGUGGGAAUUGGACUGGCGAAAAAAAAGAAAAAAAAAGAGAACAGGGAGAAAUCCUCGAUUUAACUUUUUUGUUGGUGAAAAAUUGCAUUAUGUGGUACAUUUGGGAUAUUCUACAGUUGACACUUAUGUGCAACAAUAAGCUCCCCAUCCUGCUUGCCAUAUCUCUGCCCUGGAUUUUGUCUCCUGAUAACCUCCAGACAAACCCCAUCCCUGCUACAAGCAUGGAUGGACACGUCAAUAGUCCAAUAUACAGUACACUCUGUCCUACUUUGACAAACCACUGCCCAAUGUAACCAUCUGUUUGAUACAAUGCACCCUGGCAUGACUUUUCUUUCUGCACAAUCCUUAAGUUUUAAAAUUAUAAUUCCAAAAAAAUAGACCAGGUGACAUUUCUAGGAUUUGACUUUUAUCCACAAGCCUUCUCUUUGUUGGAAAGUAUGAGAGAAAAAGGACAGGAGAGAGAGAGAGCGAGACGGAUAGUGGAGCUGGACGAUAUUUUUUUCCCCCCUCUUCAUUAAGUAUAGUCUUUUCUCUUCACUCAAAGCAAAUGUGCCCGGUGCCAAGUAAAGGGGUAUUUCCUGUGUGGCUUAACAAGGAUGUGGAACUCAAAGAUGUAGGGUGAACCUGCCCCCUAGAAGCU